GGCGCCUACGGCUCGGUCUGCUCGGCCUAUGACGCGCGGCUGCGCCAGAAGGUGGCGGUGAAGAAGCUGUCGCGACCCUUCCAGUCGCUGAUCCACGCGCGGAGGACUUACCGCGAGCUACGGCUGCUCAAGCACCUGAAGCACGAGAACGUCAUUGGGCUGCUGGACGUGUUCACGCCCGCCACCUCCAUCGAGGACUUCAGCGAAGUGUACCUGGUGACCACCCUGAUGGGCGCCGACCUGAACAACAUCGUCAAGUGCCAGGCGCUGAGCGACGAGCACGUCCAGUUCCUGGUUUACCAGUUGCUUCGCGGGCUGAAGUACAUCCACUCCGCGGGGAUCAUCCACCGGGACCUGAAGCCCAGCAACGUGGCUGUGAACGAGGACUGCGAGCUUAGGAUCCUGGACUUUGGGCUAGCCCGCCAGGCUGAUGAGGAGAUGACCGGCUAUGUGGCCACUCGCUGGUACCGGGCCCCCGAGAUCAUGCUGAAUUGGAUGCACUACAACCAGACAGUGGACAUCUGGUCUGUAGGCUGCAUCAUGGCUGAGCUGCUCCAAGGAAAGGCCCUCUUUCCAGGAAAUGACUACAUCGACCAGCUGAAGCGAAUCAUGGAAGUUGUGGGCACACCCAGCCCUGAGGUUCUAGCAAAGAUAUCCUCAGAACACGCCCGGACAUACAUCCAGUCCCUGCCCCCUAUGCCCCAGAAGGACCUCAGGAGCAUCUUCCAUGGAGCCAACCCCCUGGCUGUGGACCUCCUGGGAAGGAUGCUGGUGCUUGACAGUGACCAGAGGGUCAGUGCGGCCGAGGCCCUGGCCCAUGCCUACUUCAGCCAGUACCACGACCCCGAAGAUGAGCCUGAGGCCGAGCCCUACGAUGAGAGCGUUGAGGCCAAGGAGCGUACAGUGGAGGAGUGGAAGGAGCUCACCUACCAGGAGGUCCUCAGCUUCAAGCCUGCAGAGCUGCCGCAGUCAGCCGGCGGCCUGGACAUUGAGCAGUGAGGGGCGUGCGCCUGCCGGCCACUGGAACUGCAGGAGGGGCUGGAGCUUGCCGGCCCACUUCCUCCGCCUGCUGGGUUCCCACGAGGGGUGCCUCCCAACACCAUUGUGGCCAGUGCCCUGACCCUCGCCUGGGGUCCCUCCGCUGCACACUGGUCCUCGUGGGCAGUCUGAAUGCACAAGAGCGUGCAUGUGUGCAAGCCACGGGCGUGGGGGUCUAGACACGGCAUCCUGGACUUCCUUGGUCCUCCUGCCUCCUCCCAGCAAUCUGGGUCUCUCUUGACCUCACUUGGAUGCCAUAGGGGUUCCCCCUGGACAGUGUGUCUAUCACCAGAUCUUCUCAGUCCCGGUGGGCUGUCUCUGGAGGGUGUGGUGCAUUGGGGCCAGGGCCCCCUGGAGACUGAAGGGAGGGUCUUGGUUGUCAGAGCUUCUCAACCUGGAAGUGGGGGCUACCGUGGGACAUGCUGGGACUGCAGGGCAGGGACUGCCACCAGGUAUCAAAUGAGAAAAUCAUCCUGGAGCCAUGUGUUUCACCUGCGCUAUGUGUGACACGCGUGUACUAAUGACACACGUGUACUGACAUGUCAAGGCACGUGUGAAUCUGUGGGUGCCCAAGGGCCAGCGGCCAUGACCAGCAAGAAGCCUGAAGUGAGGUGGCUGUACUGUUCCUUCCCCUUCACUCAGUUCCUGAUGUGGGGGGUAGGGUGCUGCCGCUGAGAUCCUGGGUGCACCAUGCGAGGGGCUCAGGUGGGCAAGGGGCACAAGGGAACAGAAUCCAGGGCUUUCCCCUUGAGUGUGGGAGCUGCAGCAGGCAUGGAGAGCUGGUUGGCACAGGGGGCUCCAGCCUUGGUGCUGGGCUGGGGGAGCGGCCACACCACGGCACUCUUGGACUCAGAUCCUGGACCUCGGCCCGGAGCACAUGAAGCCGCCUCUGCCCUCUUCGCUUCUGCCCACCCUCCGGCCCUGCGUCUGCGCCCUGUGGCCUACGAGUCAGCUCAUACCCUCCCUUCUUCCGCAUGGAGCUGAUCUAACCUCUGGGACGUGACCCUGUUCAAGGUGGGCGGUGGGAGGGUCCUCCGUCCGUCGAGGGGCUUCUCCGUGAGGGGCGGUGACCUCCCACCUUGCAGAGGCCUCAACGUCAAGUGCCUGCACCAAGGUUGCACAAUAAAGGGGGUUCUCGGGGCGCCUGGGUGGCACAGCGGUUAAGCGUCUGCCUUCGGCUCAGGGCGUGAUCCCGGCGUUGUGGGAUCGAGCCCCACGUCAGGCUCCUCUGCUAUGAGCCUGCUUCUUCCUCUCCCUC